CAGAAAAAAAAACAUCUCUAUAUAAACCCAAAUUUCCAUUACCAAUCUCCACAACUCACAGAAAUCAGUAGUUCUCUAAAUCUAAACCAAAAGAAAGAAGCUUAGUACUUCUUCAUCUCUAAUACCCUUUUCUCUUUCUAAUCCAUUUUUGUAUAGAAAUGGCAUUUGCUCACUUCCAACAAAAGAACGGUUCAGUGGAGAGUUUGUGCAUUGGCUCUAACGAUCCACUGAAUUGGGGUGUGGCUGCUGAGUCUCUCAAGGGAAGCCAUCUCGAUGAGGUGAAGCGCAUGGUUGAGGAGUAUCGGAGGCCCCUUGUCAAGCUUGGUGGUGAGACUCUUACCAUUUCUCAGGUGGCUGCUAUUGCUACUCGGGAUACUGAUGUUAUUGUUGAGCUUUCUGAAUCUUCUAGAGCUGGUGUUAAGGCUAGCAGUGAUUGGGUCAUGGAGAGCAUGAAUAAAGGAACUGAUAGUUAUGGUGUUACUACUGGAUUUGGUGCUACUUCUCAUAGAAGGACCAAGCAAGGUGGUGCUCUUCAGAAGGAGUUGAUUAGAUUUUUGAAUGCGGGAAUUUUUGGAAGUGGAGCUGAGUCUGAUCAUACUUUGCCUCAUUCAGCUACGAGAGCGGCCAUGUUGGUGAGAAUCAACACUCUUCUUCAAGGCUAUUCGGGUAUUAGAUUUGAGAUUUUGGAAGCCAUAACCAAACUCUUGAACAAUAAUAUCACUCCUUGCUUGCCUCUUCGUGGAACCAUUACUGCUUCGGGAGAUCUUGUUCCUCUUUCUUACAUUGCUGGAUUGCUCACUGGGCGACCCAACUCCAAGGCCAUUGGACCAAAUGGAGAACGUAUUACUGCCAAGGAAGCUUUCCAACAAGCUGAUAUUCCUUCUGGGUUCUUUGAAUUGCAACCUAAGGAAGGUCUUGCUCUUGUUAAUGGUACUGCUGUUGGUUCAGGAUUGGCUUCUAUUGUUCUCUUUGAGGCAAAUAUUUUGGCUGUUUUGUCAGAGAUUCUUUCUGCUAUUUUUGCUGAGGUCAUGCAAGGAAAGCCUGAAUUUACCGAUCAUUUAACUCAUAAGUUGAAGCACCACCCUGGUCAAAUUGAGGCGGCAGCAAUUAUGGAGCACAUUUUGGAUGGAAGCUCUUACAUGAAAACAGCCAAGAAAUUGCAUGAAAUUGAUCCCCUCCAAAAGCCUAAACAAGAUCGAUAUGCUCUAAGAACUUCACCUCAAUGGCUUGGUCCCUUGAUUGAAGUAAUUCGAUUCUCUACAAAAUCUAUUGAGCGAGAGAUUAACUCGGUCAAUGACAACCCUUUGAUUGAUGUUUCAAGAAACAAAGCACUACAUGGAGGCAACUUUCAAGGAACACCCAUUGGAGUUUCUAUGGAUAACACUCGAUUGGCCAUUGCAUCUAUAGGAAAGCUCAUGUUUGCUCAAUUUUCGGAACUCGUCAAUGAUUUCUAUAAUAACGGUUUGCCAUCUAAUCUUUCUGCUAGUAGAAAUCCGAGCUUGGAUUAUGGAUUUAAAGGAGCUGAAAUUGCCAUGGCUUCAUAUUGCUCUGAGCUUCAAUACCUUGCAAAUCCAGUUACAAGUCAUGUUCAAAGUGCUGAGCAACACAAUCAAGAUGUUAACUCUCUAGGUUUAAUUUCUUCAAGGAAAACAGCUGAAGCUAUUGAUAUUCUGAAACUCAUGUCAUCAACAUUUUUAGUUGCUCUAUGCCAAGCAAUUGACUUGAGGCAUCUGGAGGAAAACUUGAAGAGCACUGUGAAAACCACUGUUAGCCAAAUAGCCAAGAAAGUAUUAACCACAUCCUCUAAUGGGACACUUCACCCCUCAAGAUUCUGUGAGAAAGAUCUACUCAAAGUCGUCGAUAGAGAGUACACAUUUUCUUAUAUCGAUGAUCCAUGCAGUGCUACUUACCCAUUGAGUCAAAAGUUAAGACAAGUUCUCGUUGAACAUGCACUUGCAAAUGGUGAUAAUGAAAAGACGGUAGACACUUCAAUCUUCCAAAAGAUUGCUUCUUUCGAGGAGGAACUGAAGGCAGUAUUACCAAAAGAAGUUGAAAAUUCAAGGUUAGCAUAUGAAAGCGGAAGUUCUAAAAUUGAAAAUCAAAUCAAGAAUUGUAGAUCGUAUCCAUUGUAUAGAUUUGUGCGAGAAGAGUUGGAAACAAAAAUGCUAACGGGAGAAAAAGUGAUAUCUCCAGGAGAAGAGUGUGAAAAAGUAUUCACAGCUUUGUGUCAAGGCAAGAUGAUAGACUCGAUCUUAGAGUGCUUGAAAGAGUGGAACGGUGCUCCAAUUCCAAUUUGCUAAUCCAUUUUGCAGCACAGGAAAUAGCCACCAGAUCGUCCCUUCAACAUUAAUGAAGAUAUUUAUUCGAUUAACUUGUACUUCUAAUUUUCCCCUCCCAUCUUAUUUUAUUUUAACUAAAUUCAAUAAAGACAUAAUUUCUAUUUGAUAAA